AUGAGCAACGGCGCUCGCUCUUAUGACCAUAGUUCUAAUAUGACACUCAGGCUGAUCCCUACAUCGCUUGCCCCAACAACGUCCAAUACUUCUACUGCCACGAACUCUGUGCCUAUUAUAUCAGUGCCUCAAUAUCUGCACCGACACCAAGAUACCCCAGCCUCGUCCAUUCCCCCCCCUCCCCUCUCUGGCUUAAAGCGCCAAUGUUCUACUGACAACAAAGGCACUGUAGAUGGCAAAAAGUGUCGGCGCCUUUUCCUCGGUAUCUCUCAGUCUCAACCAGAUUUUACAUCAACAACUAUUGACGACGCCAUGGAAGGCUCGUCUGAGCCGGCUCCAAAGGGGAAGCACAAGAGAGGUUCACAAGCAAGGGGGGUUUUGGAGCUGAAGAAGGCCCGUGUCGAAAGCCAGAAGUUUGAACAGGCUCGCAACUCCUCUCAUACUGAGGCCUUGCAACGUGAAAACAAUCUGCGUAACCUUCUCUUCUUCAAAGACAAACAACUCGCCGAUCUUCGAAAUCAGCGCUCGUCCCCCUCCCAAGAUCUCCUAGAUCUACAGUCACAGUUGCACGCUCUUGAGCAAGCCAAACAAGAUGAUGCAGAGGCUGCAGAAGUACAAUACCGGGAGCUCAAGGAGCGCUACGAUACUCAGCUAGAGGAACUUCAGCGAGGUAUUGAUGUAGCAACCAGACAGCAACUACACGAGGCGUCCACCAGUGAGCGACAUCUUCAGACGAUCAAAAGCCUAGGUCAGCAAUUGCAGAAGAUCGAAGCCAAAGCAUCUGAGAAGUAUCAGGAGCUGGAGAAGCAGUUUGCCGAUGUGUCACGACAGUGGAGGCUAGAUGAAGCUCGGCAUCAAGAGGACCACGAAGGAGUUGUGGCGAGCCUAUGCACUCGCAUUGAGGAGGUGGAGGAUGAGUAUGCCAAGCUUGGAUCUGAGGCUCAAGCCCAACGCCGCACACUUGAAGAUCAGUAUAAAGAUCAGUUGCAAGCCGCAACACAGCAGUGGGAACAAGAUCGUAGGGAGGACCAUCAGCGUGUGGUGGAAGAGUUAAAUGGUCGAAUUGUUGAACUGGAGAGCGUGUAUGCCAAGCUUGGAUCCGACGCUCAGGACCAACGCCAACAACUUGAAGCCCAGUAUAGGAAUCAGAGCGCCAUGGGCGAUGGGAACGACUCUCAGUGUCAGCAGAUUGAAGAUCUCGAGUGUCAACUAUCCGAUCUUCGGCAGCAACAUCUCCAUGAUAUGGAGGAGGCCAAACAGCGCUACGACUUGUUGCAAGACUCGACUUCAAGGGAUCGACAGAUGCUUGAAGACGACUGGCAGAAGCGGCUCGCCAGUUUGGAAAACACCCGUCAUCAGGAUGUGGAUCAUGAAGCUGGAAUCGCUGCAGGCUUUCAGGCGCAACUGCGGCUUCAACAAGAUGUCUUGGAUGAUCUUCAAUCUCGGAUCUCCGCCAUGCAGGAUCAGCACAAAAAAGAAAGACAAGAUGCCGAGACCCACCAAAACGAAAUACACCAGCAACUGCAGCAAGCAUGCCAGAACUUAGAAGAAGCAGAGGGACAAAUCACACAGUAUCAAGAAUUAGAAAAUGCCCAGCAGCAAACUCCAACAAGCACGGCAGACAUGGCUAGAGCCUUGGAGACUGCGAUAUCAGACGCCCAGCGGGACGCAGAAGCCAACUUCAAUGCUUGGAAAGCAGCCCACGAACAAGAACUUCAGGCUGAAUGUGAUGCAUUGCGUGGAGAGCUACAUGAUCUCUGCGCCCACUGUCAAUCGCUUCAACAGGGUACGGUGACAAACGAUGUUGAGAUGGACAGAAGUAGCUUCGCAUCCGGGAGACGACAUGGCAAGCAGUGUGAAGUUCUUGAUGCUACACCCCCUGUAUUCACAACACCAAUCCCAGAUGGACCACCCACAACUACGCUGCAGCGUGCAGGGUCGCAUCCCCAGCCAGUCAACUUCGAAACCGCAAUGUCUGGCCUAGAGAAUCAACUUAUGACUGCCCUAGGAAACAUGGUUACAGGUCUAGCUGCAAAUCUCAUGCAAAACAACAAUUGUUCUGCUUCGCACCCCCGAGCCUCGAGGGUUAAUCCAUCAAGUGCAUACUCACAAACACAUGAGCCAAAGACGCGGGAUCCAGGCAGAACUAGAAUGAUGAACCUUGUUCGAAGCAAGAUGCGUACUAUGCUUCAUAUCGACCAGGACUCCGAGAUCAUCGCAGCAAUUGGCCGCCACAAUGUCACCGCUUCUGUAGAAGAGGUAACUACUUGGGAAGAAGGGGAUCGUAAUCCUCCACCUCUGCAUCCCCUCCGACCGUUUUGGCCAAAACUAAAUCACAAAUGGAACCACGAGCUUGCUUUACAGUUUGCGGAGGAAUUCUGCAAUGAAGAGUGUGAAUUCGAUACGGAAGACGUGAGGGAGCACUUCACAUCUCGGCUUAAAACCCUCCAUACCUACAUUUCCCACAACUCUAUGUACACGGAUGGUGGGGAGGCACUCCUUCAGGUUGAGCGUGGUCGCUCUCGGCGUGCACGAAGGCAAGGAACACUCUACGACAAUCGGAUAAGGAUCAUCGAAGGCAACAUUCAAGCGGGUGAGAGCGCUGUGUGGAUGCUGCUCCAUGACAUGGUUAGGGGGCUCGGGCUUCUCGGGAUGAGCACAGACGAAAGUGACCCCGAGGACAAUACCUCGGUUUCCAUCAUCCACAAGGACUGGUGCUCACCCGAAGUUAUUCGCCUUCUGCAAGUCAUCGAUCGUCACCGCCAGGUUAUCAAUUGUUAUGGAAAUGCCAGGGCCGGUGCUCCACCUCAGAGCAGGCGCCGUCAUCUUGGUGGUCCAGUCAGCACACGCAAACCAAUUGCUGGGCUUCCCAGAAACUGGUAUAAUACAAUUUGGUAUAACUCCCUCUCGCAAUCGCAACUCACCGGCCUAGGUGCUCUCGCAGAAUUCCCUUUGCCAAUUAUUAAUGACGACGACUAA